AUGCAGAUUGUGUGCCAUCAGGUCCCGGUGCUGGCGGGUAGCGCCACAUUGGCCACCAUGGGGACUUUGAUCCUGUGUCUUAGGAAACCCGCCAAUUAUGGGAAACACAGCAAGAGUGUGUCUUCGAGAGUUCCCCUCCUGCCCGCACGCAUAGCCUGGUUCCUGCAGGAGCUGCCUUCCUUUGUGGUGUCUGUAGGGAUGCUCGCUUGGCAGCCGCGCUCCCUCUUCGGACCGCCCGGGAAUGUGCUGCUGGGUCUCUUCUCCGCACAUUACUUCCACAGGACAUUUAUUUAUGCCUUGCUCACCAGAGGAAGGCCUUUAUCAGCGGUGAUCUUUCUGAGAGCCACUGCCUUCUGCAUAGGGAACGGACUCCUUCAAGCCUACUACCUGGUUUAUUGCGCAGAAUACCCGGAGGAGUGGUACACAGACGUGCGGUUUAGCUUCGGUGUCUUCCUGUUUAUUUUGGGAAUGGGAAUCAACGUCCACAGCGACUAUAUGCUGCGCCAGCUCAGGAAGCCGGGAGAAGUCAUCUACAGGAUCCCACAAGGUGGUUUGUUUACGUAUGUUUCUGGAGCCAAUUUCCUGGGAGAGAUUAUUGAAUGGAUGGGCUACGCCUUGGCCACUUGGUCCAUUCCGGCUUUUGCUUUUGCAUUUUUCACACUUUGUUUCCUGGGGAAGCAAGCUUUUUACCACCACAGGUUCUACCUCAAGAUGUUUAAGGAUUACCCCAAAUCUAGGAAAGCCCUUAUUCCAUUCAUCUUUUAAAGAACCCCAAUUUUAAGGAACCACAUUUCUAUGGAGAACCUGCUCAACUGCUGAAACUCUUAACUGUAAACUAUAACUGAACAGUGUCUUGCUCGAGUGUGUGACGAUGUAUGUAUUAAUAUGUCUCCUGCUGCUCCAGUUGCCUGAGACAUGCAGAGUCAUGCCUGCUCAGCCUAUACUCCUGUCUGUCCAGAGAGCUUAACCUAAUUUCUCUUUGGAGCAUCACAGGGGCCAUUUUACUCUUAGCUAUCCCAUCUAGAAGCUUCCCGAUUCUCUGUUUUUUUCCCCAAUGUAUGAUCUGAAGAUGUGAUGUUCUUAUUCUGUGUUACUUUUGGGAAGUUCUGUGGUCAAAACCCUUUGGGCUGACAAAAAAUGAAAAAUGAAAUUAUAACAUUUGUAGGGAAGUGGGCAGAACUGGAAAUUAUUAUAUAAAGCAACCUAACCCUGACUCAGAAAGAUAAAUAUUGCACGUUUCCUUUCAUAUGCAGGUUCUAGGUUUUAAUAUUGUAUAUAUUAUAUGUACAUGUUCAUAUGUGUGUGUUGAGGGUCAUAUAGUUCAUUGAUUUAGAAAGGAGAUCAUGAGAAGGGAAAAGAGUUCUUGUGGGGAAGAAAAAAGAGGACAAUAAAAUUUGCAUGGCAUGAAAGCAGAGAGAGGCUACUGCAGGAGGAAGGGGAGCAGCAGGGGAAAUGUAGGAGAGCAGGGGAAGUAAAGUAUGCAUGAAAACACCAUGGUGAAACCAAUUACUUCGUCUGUUUGUUUUAAAAAUCUAACCAACCAACCAACCAGCCAUCCAUCUAGCCAACCCAGCCAACCAACCAUCCAUCCAUCCAUCCAUCCAUCCAUCAAUCCAUCCAACUAGCCAAUCAACUAAUUAACCAACUAAUCAACCACCUAGUCAGCCAACAAGCCAACAAGCUAACCAACCAAUCAACCAACCAACCAACCAACCAACCAACCAACCAACCAACCAACCAAAGCCAAUGAACCAGCCAGCCAAAAAUGAAUGUCUGGGCUGAGGGUGGUGUUUAAAGAAAUAAUCAAAAGCAUACCUUUGUGUGCCCACAGAGUGGCAAAGAUUUACAUGUUUAAGUGCCAUAGACCCAGAGUGUGCCUAAAUGAAAGCCUGGCCCAGCUUCCUCUGCAUUGGUUAAUUAGGAAGAUAAAAAAAAAGGAGAGCUUUAAUAAUGGAAUUCCCUUUUUGGACCCAAGUCCAAAUGUACACAGUGUCUUAGUCAGUGAUCACCAGAUAUUCUGGGAGGUUUCACAAUUAGAGCUACCAUAGCUUCAUCUACAUCACUGCUGUGGAUUUUCUUGAUUGCCAGGUUUUACUGAACACAAAGAAAAAGAUACAGUCAUGAGUGGCUCCUGAGAGAAAAAAAGAAUUGUGUUGCAACUGACAGUGUAAACUCCCAUCAGGAGCACUUCUAAGUAUGAGAAAUUCAUGUGUAAGACAGUAGACUGUUCAAAUUGAAGAGAUGUUUGCGACAAUGCGAGGGUAUCAGAAUCUCUGAGCAAGUUUCUUCUGGAAUUUCUUCCUGAUGAUCCUUGAGACAUAGCUUAGAAGAUGCAUCCCAGUAACAGCUUCAACAUCAGCCCUCAGGUCCCAAUGGCAGAUGUGAGAUCUGCCCCAUUCUCAUCUUUCAUUCAAUUCAGACAGGAUGUCACAGUUAGUUUUAUUAUAUUUUAUCUUGCAUUUCAAGCUUCAAAUUGUAAAAAUUAGGAGGUUUCUACAUAAACUGAAACCCUGGUGUUCUUUUAAAAUGGUGACUCUCCAUCUUCCUAACACUGUGCUCCUCAAGUUGUGGUGACUCCAAACCUAAAAAUUACUUUUGUUGCUACUUCAUAACUGUAAUUUUGCUACUGUUGUGAAUCAUAAAGUAAACAUCUGUGUUUUCCAAUGGUCUUAGGUGACCCCUGAGAAAGUGUCACUUGACACCUAAAGAGGUAUGACUCACAGGUUGGGAACCCAAGCUUUUAAAAGUUGGAAGGAGAGACAUAAGAGACAGAAGAUAAUGGGAGCAUGAAUAUAAUCAAAGUACUACACCCAAAUAAGAUUUCCUGACAUGAUGAAGAUAUGCCUUGCUAAUGCUGCGUCCCUUUAAUCCAGUUCCUCAUGUUGUGGUGAUACCCAACCAUAACAUUAUUUUGUUGCUACUUCAUAGCUGUAAUUUUGCUACUGUUAUGAAUUAUAAUGUAAAUAUCUGAUAUUCAGGAAAUAUGAUACCUGACUACCAAAAGGGCCUCAAGCCACCGGCUGAGAACUGCUGAUAUAUGCUGACCUCAGCAUUCUGAGCCUGGUUCCUGUGUGAGACUUAGGACUGGGCAGCACGUGAGCAUUUAAGUGUACAGCCUCUGGUGAAGGGGUGGUUCCCUAAAGAGGCUGAAAUGUCGGUUCUGUAAGGGACGGACUGAGCGCUGUGAAUCAGAACAGUUAAAUAUGUGUCUCCUCAGCCCCAGGUGGGUGGGCCCAAGGCUGUUUGGAAACAUGCUUGAGAAACUGUGCUCUAGUUUUAUCAUUUGGUACAGAAACUGUUAGUUAAUCCAGGGGUCAUACGAGAUCUGAAGUAGGAUAUUUAAUGAAGAUCCGGACUGUCGUGUUACAAGAAAGUGCUCCUUGUUCAUCAAACGCCUCUCAAGUCAUGACCACCACCAAUGCUUGAAUAAAAACAGACCCAGA